UGAAAAGGAAAAAUGUUACCUACUAAAUAUAAUGGUAUUUAUCAAUUUUCAUUAUUCAAGUGAAGGAACUUAAUUAGAUUAAGAAGUUUAUCCUAUGGAAAAUUAACUUGAUAAACUAGAUCAAAAUGAUGAUUUUUAACAUGGGUGAAAGCUUACAUGUAAUAUCAACUAAACAUACCCAAAGAGAAGAGGGAAAAAAAGAAAACAAAAAUUGAAAACUUUAUCUCUCUCUAAAAUAGCAUAGUCAACCUCAUGUCAUGCUCUCUCUCACUUUUUGAUGUUCCAUAAUAAACCAACACAUAUGCACCAUUUUUCUUUCUUUAUCUACCUCAGUGUGGAUGUAGUUGCAGAAGUAGAGUGUGAUCAAUCCCCAUCUCUUUUUGAAAAUCCUCAAAACUCAAAAACUAUAAUAAUUAUAAUAAUACUACUUACUACUUACUACUUACUACUACUACAUCAUCAUUUCACCCUCAUCUAACCCAUUCCAAAACAAGGACUCUCUCUCUUUAUUAGCAUCAAUAUACAUACUAUUUAUAAACAACAUCCACCACCCUUUGUUGUAAAGGUAACCACUUCCAUUUCUCGAAUCACCUCUUUCAUGCUAUUCUUGUUCCUGCUCAACCCAACACCAUAUUCUGAGCCCCAUCCCAUCUCAGGAAAAAGCAAGGAAAGAGAAGCAAAUUUACUCCAUUUUUUUUCCCUUGUAUUUUGCUAUCCACUUCCGCACCUAAACUAAAUCUCUCCCCACUUUCAUUGAUAGAGGAUCAGAAAAUAAAGAAAAAGAAACUAACCCCUUUUUUGUUUAUAUAUAUAUAUAUUUUUUGUUUUACUACUUCAAAACAUGUGGAUGAUGGGUUAUAGUGAUGGUGGUGAGUUCAACAUGACAGCAGAUUCCUUCAAUGGCAGGAAGCUUAGGCCUCUCAUUCCAAGGACACCAGGGCCUAAUUCUACAAACAACACUUCUAACUCUAGCCCUCCUACACUUAGCCGUCUUCAUGGCACUGAUUUCUUUUCACUAAAUCACCAUCUGGCAACUAUGGCUGAUCAAAGCAAAAGAGAUUUCCAUACACAACCAGUUGUAGUGAGUUCAAGAUGGAACCCAACACCAGAGCAGUUAAGGGCACUUGAAGAAUUGUAUAGAAGAGGGACUAGGACUCCAACAACAGAACAGAUUGAACACAUAACAAAGCAACUCAGAAGAUAUGGAAAGAUUGAAGGGAAGAACGUAUUCUACUGGUUCCAAAACCACAAGGCAAGAGAAAGGCAAAAACGUCGCCGUCAAAUGGAAUCUGCAGUCCCUGAUCACGACCAGCAGCAGCAGCAACAACAUCAUGACAUAGAAAUCUUUGAAAGUAAAGAAUCAGAAGCAAAUAGGACAGGUUAUGAAGGUGAACAGACCAAGAACUGGCCUCCCUCUACUAACUGCAGUACACUACCAGAGGAAUCAAUUUCAAUACAUAGAGCAGCUAAAGCGGCAGUGGCAGAAUGUAGAGCAGGCGAUGGAUUGAUCCAAUUCGAUGAAGUAGAAUUUCAGCAUAGAAGGAGCUUUAUGGAGAGGAAUGCCACGUGGCAGAUGAUGCAGUUGUCUUGUCCAUCUCCCACCCACCUCAUAAACACUAGCUCUAGUACUAGUACUAACACUACUUCUACAACUGCUACAACCCUAACAGCAGCAGCAACAUCAACAGCCACAACAACAACAUCGACAGCUCCAACAGCAGCAGCAACAAGAAGAACAAUGGACCCAAAACUCAUUAAAACUUCCCAUGACCUUAAUAUCUUCAUAGCCCCCUAUUACAGAGAAAAUGGGAAUGGCCUUAUUUACAAUUAUAACAACUUCAACAAUAGUCAUGUCAUCAACGAACAAGAUAAUGGGUGUGGGGAAUCUCAAACACUUCAACUCUUUCCUCUUCGUAGUGGUGGUGGUGGUGGUGAUGGUAAUGAAAGCAUUAAUGAUAAAGAGACUGAGACAUCAGCAGUUGCUGCAGCUAUGAAUGCCAACUUCACUCCUUACCAGUUUUUUGAGUUCCUUCCAUUGAAAAACUAAUGACCCACUAAGCAUUUCUUUCUUUCUUUUCUUUUCUUUUUUUCCUUACCCUACUUUAUGAGCAUCCUGCUAUGUAUGUAAAAACGAUGGGUUAGGCUAUGGAUUUUUGUAUUUUUGUUGGAAAUUGGGAACUGCAUGAAUGCCUUCUUUCCAAGCUGAUAAUGAUGUUUACAUUACAUGGAAUUGUAGUAAUGGUUGAUGUGGGGGUAUGAAAGAAGUGGUUGCCCUAAAAUGGAUUUGGACCAUGUUGGUUGAAGCAAUGAAGAAACUACAUUUAAGAGGGAAUUUCA